AUGCAUGAUCAUCAGCGGCUCUCAUCAGACGUUUCAGAGACUGAAAAACCUCAAAAUCAUAAAGAAUUGACACCAAGGGAAGUGGAAAUCAAAAAAUUGGAGGAGAGCAGUGAUGGAUACAUUAAAGAAUGGAAAGAGCUCAAGAAGGAAGUGGGAAAAAUGACUGUUGAUUUUUGGGCAUUUAAAGCAUGUUUUACAUUCUGCAUGAUGCUCGUCUGUGGCAUGGCUAUAAAAGAAGUUUCCCUAUGUAUCACCAUGAGUCCACGGUUGUUAGGAAACCUUUUGGUCGGCCAGUUUGUCAUCAGCCUAUUUCCAUUUGUAUAUUUUUUAAUACGUCGACGACAAGUAAAAGCAGAAAUUAAGGCAAAAAAUGAAGAUAUUGAAUGUGAAGGAGACAUUGGAAAGAUUCUUUUCGAUUCUGAAAAAAAAGGGAAUGAAGAAUACGUGGUAUUUUAUAUGGAUCAAUUGAUGAAGUUUAAUGAUGUCAAAUCAAAAGAAGUUUCGAUUUUAGAAGAAGAGAUCCGGCUAUUGAAGGAAAAGAAUAUCCGCUGGGAAAUAACCGUAUACACAAUAUGCGCUAUAACCUUGUGGAUUUGUUUCAUUCACGCGACGUUGAUUGCUUUCCACACUGGCAAACAGGAAGACAUUAGAGAUGCGAAGGGUCUUGUCCUAGGGACUAUUAUGAUAACUUUUAUGUUCUUAAUCAGAGUUGUUCCUUACAUUUCUUGUGCUCCUUGCUCUCUGUUCAGUGCUUGCUGUCGAUCAAUUCAAUCCAUGUAUGAUUAUCGACGGUUUUCUUCCUCUUCUUUAUCAUCUAGUGUUUCCCAAUCUGAAACUUCUGUGAUCUCUGUAUUUCCGACACCAACGGAGAAAGAUUUCUUGUUGUUUCGCUUGGAGAAUAGUAAUAAACGAUUGAUCGAACAAUGGAAACGGUGCAAGAAAGAGGUUGGCGAGAAGAUAGUGGAUUUGUGGUCGUAUAAACAAUGCGUAGCAAUGUGGACGUUGUUCACAUGUUUCAUGGCUACAGUAGAAGUUUAUCAAUGUAUCGAAAUUCGCGGAAUGGAUGAAGCGUUACGAAACUCAGCUUUUGUUGUUGAAACAAUUAUUUUCCUUUUUCCAAUUGGAUAUUUGUAUUGGCGAGAACGACAAGAGAAAUCAAAAAUGAAAGGGAAUAACAAAGAUAUCGAAAAUGCAGAAGAAAUUAAGGAAGUGCCCUUCAAUUUGGAAGAAGCUGAAAAUGAGGAAUAUUUGGAGUUUUAUAAAGAUCAAUUGAAGAAGUUUAAUUCGGUCAAAUUGAAAGAAGUUUCGAUUUUGGAAGAAGAGAUUAGACUGAUGGAUAAUCGAGGGUAUCGCUGGUCACCGCCAUGUGCAAAAGUCAAAGUGGAUCCGUUGCCAUUCUUCUGUCUAACUUUUGGUUUCACUCUUGAUUUCUGUUCUAAAAUUUGCAUUCGUCGCUGCGGAUACCAUCGAAACCAGAAAGUUUACAAUUUGGAGAAGUUUUAG